CCACACCCGCUUCAAUGGGCCCGUCCAACAAGCCCGCGGAGCGGGGGCUAACCGGCCUAGCCGGAGCACGACGCGGCUGUUUUUUGCUCAAAAAAGAAAAAAACGACGCGGCUGUCUCCGGCAAAGACCAGGCGGUUGACCAGCCGCCGGAGAGGGAGACGACCUGAAUAGGUUAGGGUUGGGGCUGCGGGGAGCUCGCCGGAUUCAGAGAAGCUGCCGUGGUGCUGGGUGUUCAGAGGGAUGGCCGGGCUGGCGACGCCGGCCGGGGGUGGCCGGAAACGUCGUUUGGGGCCAGGGCCAGCAGGUCGACGAGCGGGCGUGCCCGGUAGUGGUGGAGGCGGGCGGGGAUGGAGGCUGGGUCGGGUGGGCUCGACCGCGACAGCGCUCCACCUCGCAUCUCAUUCAGGUUUCUUUCAGCUUCAUGGUGAAAAAUAUUGCUGUACAUUCAUGGUAUGCAGAGUUUAAGUUUCAAGCCAUGGAAGGCCAAAAUGGAUGCAGCUGAGGUUCAGUUCACCCCACUGUCUCACACCCUCACUUGACCGCUUCAAAGGAGAGAUACAGAGUACAGGUCCAGAUGCGCAUCCCAUUGAUCCAAAUCAUGACGGUGCGGUGGUCAGCCUCGAGAUUUUUUUUAUCAACGACAAGGUGACUGGCACAUUCCCUGCCUGUUCGACCGAGGUCUGAAAGAUAAGGUGACUGGUUUAUUAGUUUACAGUUACAGUGUCCCGGUGUUUGUUAGGAAGCAUCUCCACAUGGCAAUUCGACUGCGAUUUGCAAUUGAAUCACAACCAAGUUGUUCCCUUGUGCCAAUCUGAAACCUGGAAUUAACAUGGCUCAUAGUCCUCGAGCUACUCUCAUCCAUGGCAUGGCAGUACAAAACGAUGUCCUUAUCCUGGCAGUAGCUUUCUAUUCUCUUGACGGCCUAACUGGUCACAAAUAUCUUCACUUGCUACAUAGCAUAAACAACCCUAUGCUUUCAUGAAACAAUGACUUUCCGGUGGACAAUAGAGGUUUAAGCUAAGUGGUUUAUGACCGGGAGACGGGAGUAGAGUAGCAUGAUUAAUCUGCAUCGUGCUAAUGUGAUCUUGACGAAAUAACAAAAAUAUUUUCUUCUUUUGUCUGAAUAGUUCGUAAUUUCCUAGUAUGCCAUGUUGUGGGUGUGGCGAGUUUCUAUGAAAACAUGUAUGUACGGAAUUGAAAUAACAUUAUAGAUGUUAUACAUUUGUAGCUUUAUAAUAAAGUUGUAUUCCCUGCAGUUGUGCUAUGGACAUGGAAAAUCAGUAUAGACCUUUCUGUAGAUGCCAAAAUGUAUGUAGUCUUUUGGAGUGAUAAAAAUCUAAGACUGUGAGAUGUUUGUCUUUAUUUGUACAAGAGACCAUUCAACAUUUAUUCUUUGGCUAUCAUUUGUCUUGAGUUGCUUGGCGUGCUGUUUAUUUUCCAUGCCCGUGGCUUUGAUAUUUCUUCCCGCACGAGCUCGGCCUUCCUGUUCAGGUUCUAUGGCUCUCUAGGCGUGUGUUCUUCACUAAACAAUAGUACUAUCCUAAGAUCCUCAAUUUUCCUGACAGAUUCUUGCCCCAAAUCCUAUCAAGAAAAUCACAAUGUUCUUGCUCUAUGCAACUGCCCCUAGAGAUGUCUUGUAGCAAGUUGAUGUAAUUGAGUCUCCAAACCUUUGAUCCUGGUACACCAACCAUGACAAUGGCGUUCCCAACCCUUCCAGUUACCCUUGCAUGCCUCACACUGUUAGCUCUCUUGUUGAUUGCCAUGGCGGCUGAUAACGACUCCAUGGCCUCUGGCCUCGUCCUCCUUAAUUGCGGAGCAUCAGGCCAAGGCGGUGAUGAUAUUGGUCGUACUUGGGACGGGGACACCGGCUCCAAGUUCGCACCAUUACUGGAAGGAGUUGCAGCUAAUGCUUCACACGAAGACCCUUCACUCCCCUCUAGGGUCCCUUAUAUGACUGCACGCAUCUUCACUUCCAAUUACACCUAUUCCUUCCCUGUCAGUGCAGGCCGCAUGUUCUUACGCCUCUACUUCUAUCCGGUUGCUUACGGAAACUAUGCUUUCUCCAAUGCCUUCUUCGGUGUCACGACACCGGAUCUUGUCCUCUUAAAUGACUUCAAUGCUUCACAAAUAGCUGAGGCAAGUUCUGCCUACCUUGUCUGUGAAUUCUCGGUGAAUGUUUCUUCAGGCAGCUUGGACCUCACCUUUGCCCCAUCAGCACAUCAGAAUGGUUCUUAUGCAUUUGUCAAUGGCAUCGAGAUUGUCCCCACGCCUGACAUCUUCACAGCAGCUGACACAAGAUAUGUUGGCGAUAAUUUAUCUCCAUUCUCAUUCGAUACUGAAACAAGCCUCCAGACUAUGCACCGGCUCAAUAUCGGGGGCGAAGCCAUUUCCCGGUUUGAUGACUCGGGCUUUUACCGCUCAUGGGCCAGUGAUUUACCUUACUUAUCUGGUGGCUCUGGGGUGACCUUCUCCAGAGAUUUCAAUUUGACUAUCAGGUAUACACCCACAGUGCUGGAUUAUAUUGCUCCAAUAGACGUCUAUAAAACAGCUCGGUCAAUGGGGCCAAAUGCACAGGACAACGGGAAGUACAACCUUACAUGGAUUUUACCGGUUGAUGCGGGGUUCUCUUACCUCCUAAGGCUCCAUUUCUGCGAGAUUAAGUAUCCUUUUACCAAGGUGAAUCAGAGGGUGUUCUUCAUAUACAUCAACAACCAGACAGCGGCACAGCAAAUGGAUGUCAUCGUCUUGAGCGGAGGAAUCGGUAGAGCAUCAUACACAGACUAUGUUAUCAUGGCUGUUGGUUCCGGUCAGGUGAACAUGUCGGUUGCACUUCACCCUGAUCUUUCAAGUAAACCAGAGUAUUCCGAUGCAAUACUGAAUGGUCUUGAGGUAUUCAAGCUACAGAGUUACGGAUCACCGAACAGUCUUGCUGGGCUCAAUCCUCCACUUCUGCAAAAGCCUGGUGCGGAUCUUAAUAGGCAAUCUAGCGGUGCAAGAAAAUUCAAAGGUUACAUCGUAGCCAUCGGUGGAACUACUGGCGGUAUUUCUUUCAUGGUGAUUGUCCUUUUCAGCGCGAUUGUUAUCUGCAGACGGAAGAAGGUAGCGAAGAAUUUUUUCAAGACCGACCAUGGACAUCAUCCCACUGAACGCAAAAAGUCUACAUGCGAUCUCGUCCGUCAUUUCUCACUUGCAGAAAUUCAACUUGUCACCAAAGACUUUGAUGAAGCAUUUAUCAUCGGCAGAGGUGGUUUUGGGAAUGUCUACAGUGGCGAGAUCGACGGAAGGACAAAAGUGGCAAUCAAGCGAUUCAACCACAAAUCCCAACAAGGUUUUCAUGAGUUCCAGACUGAAAUCGAGAUGUUGUGCAAUUUCCGCCAUCGCCACCUUGUGUCUUUGAUUGGCUACUGCGAGGAGAAGAAUGAGAUGAUUCUGGUGUAUGACUACAUGGCUCAUGGUACACUGCGUGAGCAUCUGUACAACACCAGGAACCCAGCACUGCCGUGGCAGCAGCGCCUUGAGAUUUGCAUCGGUGCAGCCCGAGGACUGCAUUACCUCCACACCGGCGCUGAGCAAGGAAUCAUCCACCGUGACGUUAAGACCACCAACAUCCUACUGGAUGAUAGGUUAAUGGCAAAGGUUUCCGACUUCGGUCUAUCUAAGGCUAGUCCAGACAUUGACAACAGCCACAUGAGCACCGUCGUGAAAGGCACCUUUGGAUACCUUGAUCCUGAGUACUUCAGACUGCAGCGUCUCACUAAAAAAUCAGAUGUGUACUCCUUUGGGGUUGUGUUGUUUGAGACCUUGUGUGCGCGCCCUGUGAUAAACACCAAGCUUCCGGAGGAGCAAGUGAGCUUGCGUGACUGGGCACUAUCUUGCCGGAAGGAAGGUGUACUCAAGGAGAUUGUUGACCCCCGUGUUAAGGAGGAAAUCACCCCUGAGUGCUUCAGGAUUUUUGCAGAGAUAGCAGAGAAAUGCGUUGCUGAUCGGAGCAUAGACAGGCCAUCAAUGGGUGAUGUACUUUGGAACCUUGAGGUGGCACUCCAGCUGCAGGAUAGUGCAAGCUACAACAGCAGAUGUGCCGAGGGUGCGUCAUCUCUUCAGAUCACCCCGGUGGAUUCAGACAGACCAUCGACCAACUCAACAAUUAGCGUUGCAGCACAGGAAGCCAUAUUUUCAGAUAUUGCACAUCCAGAAGGCUGAUAAAAGCAAAACGUUGCUUUGAUAUUUUGCUACAUAUGUGAUCACCAAGGUUGUCUGGUGCUUCAGUAAUCUUGAUGCAAUAUUAUACCAAGCUAUCAAGGAUAAACGGGGCAUCUGAAUUAGACAUAUUACCUGAUUUUUAAGCAUUCUCCCUUCUCCGAGUCAAUGAAGAACUCACCAACAGUGUAAUCAAUCUAAUUGGAGUUAAGAGCGUGCCCAGUGGAUAUCCAGUGUCAUCCCUUGUGAUUCUUAGCGUCUUAUCCAGGAUUUUCGGAGGCCGCGGUUGCGAUGGCAUGGCCCAGAAGUCGAUGACGCCACCGAGGCACCCACAGCCUCAUCGAUGCAUCGGGUCGCCAGAUAUAUGGAGCUAGUGGGGCCAUAAUUACAGAGUGAAAGCUAGACAUACGUUCUUUUAGAUAGUAUGCUUAUCCCACAAAAUUCCUAAGAAUUGUUGAAUUCAAUGCCCACCUACACUCAGAACUUUUCACAUUCAACCAAACAUUUUGUUGGCCCAUUCAUAUCUUGCAACCUCUGCAUAUUCUGCAAUCCUCGAUUUUGCACUUUCAUGUUCAUGUGUUCUUCUUUAUCGUUAGGUUUUUAUUCAUGUGACCCGGAGACCCCGU